ACCCCCCCCCCCCCCCCACCCUUCCAUCCAAUUCCCUCGCCUCCUCGUGUCUGAUGCGCGACUGAAGGGCCGUUCAUCUCGUUGCGGUCAGAGCCGAGCCCCGAGCUCUCCCCCUCCGCCAUUAAUGACGUCCUCCGCCCUCGCCUGCAACCUAGGGUUCCCUACCCUCCCCCACCGCCGCCUCCGCGUCUCCAGACCCCCCCAGUCCCACUCCCUCCUCUCCCGCCAAAAUCUCAUCCUCCCGUCCCUGCGCUCCCCCUUCCCCAAAUCCCUCCCCCGCCUUCCAUCUCGUUGUGGCGCUUUCCGCCCGAUCUCCUCCGUCCGCGCCUCCACCUCCGGAUCUGCCUCCGCCGCCCCGGGCCCCGCCGUCCCAUCCAGCCCGCCGUGGCAGGGCGCGGCCCUGAAGCCCCUGGUCGCCUCGAUCGCCACCGGCGUCCUCCUCUGGUUUGUCCCCGCCCCCGCCGGCGUCUCUCGCAACGCCUGGCAGCUCCUCGCCGUCUUCCUCGCCACCAUCGUGGGCAUCAUCACCCAGCCCCUCCCCCUCGGCGCCGUCGCCCUCAUGGGCCUCGGCGCCUCCGUCCUCACCAAGACCCUCCCUUUCUCCGCCGCCUUCUCGGCUUUCGGCGACCCCAUCCCAUGGCUUAUCGCCCUCGCCUUCUUCUUCGCGCGGGGAUUCAUCAAGACCGGCCUCGGCAACCGCGUCGCCUACCAGUUCGUCUCCCUCUUCGGUAGCUCAUCCCUUGGUCUUGGGUACAGUCUCGUCUUCAGCGAAGCCCUGCUCGCCCCUGCCAUUCCCUCGGUCUCGGCCAGGGCCGGCGGGAUCUUCCUCCCCAUUGUCAAGUCCCUCUGCGUGGCCUGUGGCAGCAACGUCGGCGAUGGGACUGAGAACCGGCUCGGCUCUUGGCUGAUGCUCACCUGUUUCCAGACCUCGGUGAUCUCUUCCUCGAUGUUUCUCACUGCCAUGGCAGCCAACCCACUGAGUGCUAACCUCACUUUCAAUACCAUUAAGCAAACAAUUGGAUGGACGGACUGGGCCGUGGCCGCGAUAGUUCCUGGAUUGGUUUCACUGGUUGUUGUGCCGUUCCUGCUCUACUUGAUCUAUCCACCAACAGUGAAGAGCAGCCCAGACGCUCCAAAACUUGCCAGGGAGAAGCUGGAGAAGAUGGGGCCGAUGACUAAGAAUGAGAUUAUCAUGGCAGCGACACUGCUUCUGACGGUGGGACUUUGGAUAUUUGGAGGGAGACUGAAUGUGGAUGCAGUGACUGCUGCAAUUCUUGGCUUAUCUAUUCUUCUCAUAACUGGGGUUGUAACGUGGAAAGAAUGUUUGGCUGAAGGGGUGGCAUGGGAUACCCUUACUUGGUUUGCUGCACUUAUAGCAAUGGCUAGCUAUCUUAACAAAUAUGGUUUAAUCUCCUGGUUUAGCCAAACAGUGGUUAAGUUUGUAGGUGGCUUGGGUCUGUCAUGGCAGCUCUCAUUUGGUAUCUUGGUGCUUCUCUAUUUCUACUCUCAUUACUUCUUUGCCAGUGGGGCAGCACACAUUGGAGCUAUGUUCACUGCCUUUUUGUCAGUGGCGAGUGCAUUAGGCACCCCUCCCCUCUUUGGAGCAAUGGUACUCUCGUUCCUUUCCAAUCUCAUGGGUGGUCUUACUCACUAUGGCAUUGGAUCUGCUCCGGUCUUCUAUGGUGCAAACUACGUCCCACUGGCGAAGUGGUGGGGCUACGGGUUUCUCAUCUCUGUCGUCAAUAUACUCAUCUGGCUUGGUGUUGGGGGCUUCUGGUGGAAGACCAUUGGCUUGUGGUGAGGAGCAUGCUUCUAUCUUAGCCAUUCUUUUUUGCAUGAGGCAUAGCUGCCUUUUCCCAAAAAUGUUCUUGGGAGGCUCAGAAAUCUUACUUUCCUAAAACCUCGAGCAGAAUGAUUUAUUUUGGUAAGAUUGGUAGAGAAAAGAGAAGUGGCUACAGGUUUCAUGAUUAUGAAUUUGUAUACAAUUUCUUUUAGUAUUGCUGAUGGGAUAUUGUCCAUGUGAUUUUGUUGGGGGGUAAAGUUUCUCCUAUGCUCUACAGCCUGAUUGGCAAACAUUAAAGAAAAUGAACUUAAUUUUGAUCAGUUCAUUUUUAUCAUUUUUGCUUA